UUGCAGUUAGGGUUAGGCCUCUGAGUGAUAGGGAAAUCUCAAAGAAUGAUACGUCGGAAUGGGAAUGCAUCAACAACACCACUAUCGUAUUCAAGAACACGCAACUUCCCAGUGCCUACGCCUUCAAUAGAGUUUUCGGGUUUAACGCUCCAACAAGACUUGUCUACGAGGAAUCUGCGAAAAAGAUUGCACUCUCUGUAUUAAGUGGAAUAAACUCAACUAUCUUUGCAUAUGGGCAAACUGGCAGUGGAAAGACCUUCACCAUGUGUGGAAUCACAGAAUGUGCAAUUGCAGAUAUAUAUCAAUACACGUACAAGAAUCCCGACAGAAAGUUCGUUCUCAAAUUUUCGGCCAUGGAGAUAUAUAAUGAAGCAGUGAGAGAUCUUCUCCAAACUGAAGCCAAUUCUCUUAGACUCCUUGAUGAUCCAGAGAGAGGGACGAUAGUCGAUAAGCUCACAGAGGUGACCUUAAAGGACGCGGCCCAGCUAAAAGGGCUGUUAUCUGUCUGUCAAGCUCAAAGGCGAAUAGGCGAGACUAGCCUCAACGAACUCAGCUCUCGAUCUCAUCAGAUACUGCGCUUGACUGUUGAAAGUGGAGCUGUUCAGCUCAUGGGAGCACCGAGUUCGAGUACUUUAACAGCUUCAGUGAAUUUUGUUGAUCUUGCUGGGAGUGAACGUGCUUCGCAAACGUUAUCAGCCGGGACGCGACUCAAAGAAGGUGGCCACAUAAACCGCAGUUUACUAUCCCUCGGAACUGUUAUUCGAAAGCUAAGCAAAGGAAGAAACGGGCACAUUCCAUACCGAGACUCGAAGCUGACACGUAUAUUGCAGAACUCGUUGGGUGGCAACGCGAGGACGGCUAUCAUAUGCACGAUGAGCCCGGCUCAGAGCCACGUCGAGCAAUCAAGAAACACGCUUCACUUUGCCAACUGCGCGAAGCAAGUACGCACAAACGCGCAAGUGAACGUCGUGAUGUCGGAGAAAGCACUGGUGAAGCAGCUACAAAAGGAAUUAGCUAGGAUGGAGAAUGAGCUGAAGAAGUUACAUUCUCACCCCAACACUGGCCCAAAUUCCACACCUGCACUCAAAGAGAAAGAACUUCUCAUUCAAAAGAUGGACAGAGAGAUUAAAGAACUAACGAAUCAACGUGAUCUGGCUCAAUCUCGAAUGGAGAAUAUGCUGCAGCAUCAAACAUCCAGAGCUUGGCAGAGUCAUGACGGGGCUUCGUGGACGGAUGAAUAUCCAGCGUCAGAAGCUUCCGAGUUUAUGGAUCCCCUGGGCUUUGAUGUUGCAUCGAGAGGGUCGCAGUUUGCAGAGAAUAACGAUGACCUCUUGUCGAGUACCAUGUCGCCCAGAGUGUGCAUCGAUAAGUACUUUGGUCCGGAUCCCUGCCAAGGAUGGGAGAAGAUGGCUCAAGCAGGCUUCAAUAGUUCAGACAGGAGAAACUCCCUGUCAAGAAACUCGAUUACGAGUACUACUUCCCCGCGCAAGGCCUCGUCUUCUCCACGCAAUCUCUCAUCUUCUCCACGCAAUCACUUGGCAAAUGCUUCCUCUCCACGCACCCGAGAGCGCCUCUCAGGGCGAUCUCUUCCUUCGUCCGACUUCAAUGCAUCAGAUUUCAGUCAAAAAACAGAAAGGGCCAACACACAAUGCAUCACGCUGACUGAUUUUCUAACCUGUAUAGGGAGACCUUCUGUUUCAGUAGACUUCAAUACAUCUGAUCACAGUCCAAAAACAGAGAGAACGAAAAGCUGCGAAGCGAUACUGGCAUCGAUCAUGAACGGGCCAGGCCGAGAAGGGACUGAAUCACCGUUUCUGGAGAAGAUUUCUGGUAAAAAGACCCUGGCUGCUUUGCUCAGAGAGAACUCACGAAGACUGUCCGACGCGAAGAUACAGUCUGUUAGUGAGUCUCUGGACAGACAGGACUCGGGGAGGUAUUCCGAUGUAAAGCUACAUUUCAUCAGUGAUUCACUGUCCAGGGAGGACUCGUUCGGGCUUUCCGAUUCAACGUCAGUUAGCGAUUCUCUCUCCAGACAAAACUCCGGGAUCUCUGAUGGGAGAAAGCAAUCUAACAGUGAUGCUCAGUCCAGUGCAAGAAAACAGUCAAAUGGUGCUGCUCUUUCCCAACAAAACUCCCGAGUUACAGCAAGAGGGAAAUCUCUAAGCACGGAGAAGAGCAUGGAGUUGCCACGUAAAGAGUACCCGGAGAAUCAACAGGAGAAACCUAGGACAGUGAAGCAACAGGCUGUGGAAACGAACAAGGGACGGUCGGUGAGUAGUGCUGCAGAAGGCAAAGCUAAGAAGGAAAGAACAGAAGAAGUUGCAGCAGCAAAGAGCAAGAGGGAAAGGAGAUUAAGUGGUGCUGAAGAGACUGCACCUGGAAAAGCUAAGAAGGACGAAAGUGGUGCGGAUUGGAAGGUCCAGUUUGAGAGGAGGAAAAGGGAAAUCAUCGAGCUCUGGGACGCGUGCCACAUCCCUCUUGUCCAUAGGAGCUACUUUUACCUGCUAUUCAAAGGAGACCCGUCGGAUGCAGUGUACAUGGAGGUAGAGCAUCGCCGGCUUUCUUUCCUGAAAACAGGAAACAAAGAUGCAAACGAUGAGGUUCCAUCAAGCCCAAAGGCUCUGCAACGUGAGCGCGAGAUGCUGAGCAGGCGGAUGCUGAAGAAGUUCACAACAAAGGAGAGGGAAGCUAUAUUCCAGAAGUGGGGCAUAGAGGUGAAAUCAAAACAGAGAAGGCUGCAGCUGUGCCGAAAGCUGUGGACUGAUACCAACGACAUGGAUCACAUCAACGAGAGCGCUGCAAUCGUGGCCAAGCUGGCGGGGCUGAAGGAAGCAGGGGAAGCCCCCAAAGAAAUGUUUGGCCUCAGCUUAGUACCCAAACAGACCAGCACCAAGUCAUUUAGCUGGAGGCACCCCAUUCCUUCCAUCAUCUGAUAACACAUUUACAUACAUCUCUACCAUAAAAUGGUUUUGUAUUUUUUUUGUUAGAUUUUUCAACUCCCAUCAGUAUGUACAAUACAUAGUUGAGAUCCUAAC